AUGAUCAAUUUCACACUCAAUGAGACGUACGAAGGGUGUUUUCCUGAAUCUUGGCUGAGCAAAUGCCCAGCAGCAGUUUCAUUUCCACCACAGAUCGAAACGUCAACUACGGUUAUCUCAACACAAACUACGAACUCACCAACUUCUACAGUCCAACUGGAUACUGAUUUAUCAACUUCAGAGCAAUCGACAACUCAGCCAACAUCAAUUUUGAAAAUAUUGAAACCUACAGAAAAAAAAACGACUACUUUUGAAGAAGUCACAGAAUUACCGGUAGCUACAACUUUAUCAAACGAACCUAAAAAAACUACUGGGAAGCUGUUUUUGACAGGAUCUUUUUAUGCUAAUUUAUUAUACUCUAAAGAGAGAGCUGCAAUUACCAGUCCAGAAAGAUCAGAGACUGCUAUUCCGUCAUACUCUUAUAAGUCAGAAUUUCCAGCGGAGCUCUCCGCCAGCGUAAUUUUCCUGAAGAAAGCAACGAUUUCCCGUUUACAAGAUGCUGCUCCACUUUCUUCUGAAACUAAUGCUUUUAAACAAGCAUCUGAACCUGCAUCAUCAUCAUAUUCACGAACAUCAUCUGAUAUUUCUAUCUCCUCACACCGUGUACAACCGCUGGAAAGUACGACAUCGCCUUUUAAAGAAACAUUUACAAUUCCAACAGUUUUUUCCUCUAGAACAACAUAUGAAACAAUUAUUUCACUAAAUUCUGGUCAGUCCUCAAAAACAAAAGAAUUAUCCGAUUCAGAAAAGAAAUUAACGAGCACAUCGCCUCGAACCAGCCAAAGAUCAAAAGAAGCUUCAGUAAUAUUAACAAACAGUCAAAAAACAUCCGAGAAUUUUAGAAUAUUGACUACUACAGCGACAAAAGAUACUUCCACGCUGACAAAUGUUGGGGCACAAUUUAAAGAGUCCAAGCUACCAAGCACGUUUGAAACUUCGGAACUACCAAGCACAACAAAUACACAAGUAUUGCUAAGUGCUUUGAAGAUUUCGCAAACCGUAACGCCAUCUAAGAGCUCUUCCGCAACACUUUCAAAGGUCUCUUCAACAUCUAAUGAAACGUGUGUCAAAGUAACUGAGACAUUUGCAGUUACAACACUUCCGUAUCUGGCAGUUACCAGCAGUACUACAAUUACUUUAACUUCUGCAACAAUCAAGGCAAAAAAUUCAGAGUUCUCAGAGAAGCUGUCGAAAUCCUUAUCACCCAUAACUGUAGCAGGAAGCACAACACCGGAAACAAUAAACAUUUCAUCGGAAUACUUAGAUAGUUUCCUGAAAACCACUUUAAAGAGACCAUCCUCGUAUGAUUCACAAAAUCUCACUGUGGCAGACAAAUACAGUAGACUGCCAAAGGAUUAUACAAGGACAGAAAUUACUCGUGAUCAAACUAAUGCCACAAAAAGUGAAAAUACUGAAAUGACCUUUGCAGAACAGGCUACGAGGGAACCAACGAGAAAAAAUUCAAUAAGGGUUACAGAAGAAGUUCCCUCCUCUGACGGAAUAUUUUUGUACCUCAAAAAUAUAAGCACUGCAUCGUCUUCUAACUACUCUACCAAAGUGGUCUCUAAGGCUGUCACUCUAAAUGAGGCUUUUGAGUCUAAAACAGCCCCUACUGUUGAUGCCUCUGCCACCACCGAUGACAGUGCAAUAAAGAAUCAUACCGGCUCUGAUUAUGUUGGCAGCAAAAGCACUGCUUCAGCCCAUUCAACAGAGAAAACCAUAAAAGACGUUUUAAAAGGACUGGAACUAGAAAGUGACACAACAAGCGAAGGAAGCAUGAAAUCUGUUUCAUUCUUGAAACGCUUCAGCACGAGCGACCAAAUCAGGACAAAAUAUGAGACUCAAAAAACACCAAAAAUAAAUUUAUCUACUUCGCAGAAUUUUGAAGCACGUGCCCGUACAAACUCUGAGUCAUUAUCAAUGUCCAAGCAAGCUGAUUUCCACAACGCACCAUCGACACCACGAAAUGACAACUCAAUUUUAAAAUGGAAGUCCAGUAAAGUUACAAAUCACACUAGUUCUGAUUAUGUUGGCAGCAAAAGCACUGCUUCAGCCCAUUCAAUAGAGAAAACCAUAACAGAUGUUUCAAAAGAAAUGGAACUAGAAAGUGACCCAAUAACCAAAGAAAGCAUGAGAUCCGUUUCAUUCUUGAAACGCUUCAGCACGAGCGACCAAAUCAGGACAAAAUAUGAGACUCAAAAAACUUCACCAGAAAUAAAUUUAUCUACUUCGCAGAAUUUUGAAGCAGGUGCCCGUACAAAAUCUGAGUCAUUAGCAAUGUCCAAGCAAGUUGAUUUCCCCAGCGCACCAUCGACACCACGAAAUGAAAAUCCAACGUUUAAGUGGGAGUCCAGUAAAGUUACAAAUCACACCAGCUCUGACUAUGUUGGCAGCAAAAGCACUUCAGUUUAUUCAACAGAGAAAACCAUAUCAGACGUUUCAAAAGGACUGGAAUUAAGAAGUGACACAAUAACCAAAGAAAACACGAGAUCCGUUUCAUCUUCAAAACGCUUCAGCACGACCGAUCAAAUAAGAACAAAAUAUGAGACUCAAAAAACUUCACCAAAAAUAAAUUUAUCUACUUCGCAGAAUUUUGAAGCAGGUGCCCGUACAAAAUCUGAGUCAUUAGCAAUGUCCAAGCAAGUUGAUUUCCCCAGCGCACCAUCGACACCACGAAAUGAAAAUCCAACGUUUAAGUGGGAGUCCAGUAAAGUUACAAAUCACACCAGCUCUGACUAUGUUGGCAGCAAAAGCACUUCAGUUUAUUCAACAGAGAAAACCAUAUCAGACGUUUCAAAAGGACUGGAAUUAAGAAGUGACACAAUAACCAAAGAAAACACGAGAUCCGUUUCAUCUUCAAAACGCUUCAGCACGACCGAUCAAAUAAGGACAAAAUAUGAGAUUCAAAAAAUCUCAACAGAGGCAACUCAAGUUGAUUGGUCUACGGGACUGCGCAGCCACAGUAACGCUAUGACCCAAAAUUUAAUCAGUUAUGGCCUCGAAAAUCUUUCUUCGACCUUAGCACAUCAAGAAAAAACCACUAAAAAAAGCGAAGUCAACAGUACAACUGGAAGUUUGCCGACAGCCAAAAGUGCAGUCCCAGAUAACAAAGUGGCUGUUCAGGACGUACGCACAGAAAGCUUAUCAUCAUUAUACUCUUUAAAAGAAAUGCCGUUGUCGUCUUCAGUGUAUGCAGAAUUCACAAGCUCAAAUCAGCAGUUUUUAACGGAAAUUUUUUUAUUUGGUUCUUCAACAAAAUCUGUAGUUAAAAUAGAUGCAACUUCCAAAAAAGGUCGCACGAAGGAUCUGAUACAACAGGGUCGGACUGGAAUUACCACCGUUAAUCCAGCCGCCGCUGUUUCGACAUCGACACUACUACGAACGUCAAGUACUAAAGGCUGUGAAAUACCAUGUCCAUCGAGCGACUGGAUUGAAGGUGAAGAAUUCUGUUAUACUUUUUUGGCUUCCAGAAAAUUUAAAAGCUAUGAAGACGCUCUCUCUAAGUGCCGGAAAUACUUUUCUAUGAUAGGAAAGUCGGAUUUAACAUCACCGAAAAAUAUGCAGUUACUAAAAAAUGCCAGGACGGAGGAUAAUGAUCUGGUUUUUAUUUAUGCCGAAAUGACGAACAAUUACAAGAGAUAUAAACAAGUGGAAGUCAUUAACCUAACUAGUUCAACUUCUUAUAUGAUAAAAGUACAGUACGUCGUUAGCAGUGACCAGGAUGCUGGAGAUGUGGAUGCUGUGUGUAAACUUCCCAAGUACUGCUCGGAACCACGUUGUUACUUUAAAGAUUUUGAAACCAACUCUGACAAGAACGACUACAUUGUCCUUCCAACUUAUAAUUCAGUUGCUCUUAAUGACGAAGUAUCAUUAUCUUGCACUGCCGAUCCAAAAAACAUCAAGCAGCUCAAAUAUUACUGCAAUUCCGACGGGCGUUUUGAACCCUCCCCUUUGGAAAAGCUUUGUAAACCAUCAAACAUUUGGAUCCCUGCUACCACUAGAGAAAAGAAACUUAGAGUACAGAAGAUAAGUUGCUGGAAAUCACCGCGAUUCUGUGCAACAGUCGACUGCGGCACUCACGGAGGUUGCGUUGAAAAGGUCGAUCAUGGCAUCUGUCACUGCGAAAUGGGAUGGUUUGGUGAAACUUGCUCACUUGAUGCAACGAACCUGUUCUCUCUCAAAGGCACUAAUUUUACAGACCCAGAUAUGGAAUUGCAAGUGCAGAAAAUGAUUCGGAACUAUGGAAAUUGUCAGUAUGGCCUAAUGUUCCUGGCUGUCGCCACAUCAGUUAUACUGCUACUCCAUUAUUAUUUUUUCGCGGAAGUUGACGGCGAAGCAGAUGUAUAUCCCCACGUGAUUCUGCAAAGCCAUCGAAUUCGAACGCUUCUGUUAGGUGCAGUAUUCAGUCUUAUGUUUCGACAUCCUGGUUUUUUCAGUCUUGACGUCGUUAUCGGAACUCGAGUGUACAACUUCCUCGUCAAUGUUUUAUUUACAACUGUCCUCUUUGUUCGUUCUUCUCAGGCGUUUCGGAGUGUCACUCCAGCUAUAUUUUAUGUAUCAAGCUCCUUCAACGUCAUCGACGAUGAACGUAAACAGAAUGCUGUAAAGGAUGGUUUUGUGCCACAGGGCAGUGCAAUGAGUGACGCAGAAGACGGCUGCCAAGUCAUCGCUUUCCCCUCCCGGCGUUGUCGGUAUUCUGCCGUCAUUGACCGUGUUUCCGAGUCAUUGUCAGUUUUUUGUUUACGCCCUUACCAGAUCGCAACAUUUAAUCUAGGCGCUGAAGCUAAAACAGUAUUGCCUUGUUAUGCUUCUGCGGUUAUUGUGGUGUCUGCUACAACAGUUUUGAACUGGAAUCAUGUUACCACUUCAUGGGCCUUACUGGGAGUUUUUGAGGAGGAUUACAUCGGUUUUCCACUUAGCAUGAUAAUGCUGAAUUUUGUAGCUGUCCUUAUAGCGAUUAGCGUUAUUGAAAGUGCUUUCAAUACUAAAGCAUAUGAACCGGAAUUGCAUCUUAAUGCAAUAAAGUUUUAUAUCCAUAAGCUACCGUAUGAGCUCGGGAAGCGACUUGUUCCGCUAGAGAGGACACCGCCUUUCAUAGUAGUUGGAGCUUCCCUGCAUUUUCUCACUUGGUUCUUCAUUAUGUUUUCGACCAGUGACCUCUCUUCUGCAGCAACAUCACUAUGUGGAGCAGUAGUGUUUGUUCUUUAUGGGAUAUGCAUUAUUUUACAAACUCUGCUAACAUUGUCGCCUAUAAACAAGUAUGCUACUAUUAUAACUAUGAUGUUAUUGCCAAAAGGACUGGCUCCAAAAUUUGAGAUUAACGAUAUGAAAACUCGAAAAGAGGUUCUCGGUGAGUGGAGCACAAGCAAAUACAGUUCAGAAAAAAGAGCCGAGACGAAAAUGUUUGGAGAACUGCCGCGUGAACUGACAUACCAAGUGCCUGACGAUCCUCCUUUCGCGAUAACACCGUUUAACCAAUUCUCGCCUGGUGACCCAAAAUAUAUGCCAGCAUUUCACUGUCAGAUGCUGUGGAAGCGACUCACAAGCUCCUACGUCUCUCAUCGACUGAAUGGGUUUUCUCAAGAGGAAGCUUUAAAAUAUGCUAAAGAUGUUGAUUUUGAAUAUGACGAUUACGGGGAAGAAAUAACGUCGCAGAGGUUGUAUGUUGUGGAUCGGUGGAUUUCUGGUAUCCGUUAUGCUGAUAGGAUACCUGAUAAAGUUAACCCUGGGAAAGUUAAAAACUCUCUGCCCACAAAAAAUUUUGAUUCAGGCCAAGAAACUUUUUUUCAAAAGCUUGUUUAUAGAGACGGCGAAACAAUUCCAGCACUUAUUCGAAGAAGUCCUGCUGUAAAAUUAAAAUUUCAAGAAAAUGCCAUGUUAGAAGCUUUUGGUACCGAAAUGGAGGACAGAAAUGAACCUUUCAAAGCUUUGUACUUUAAUGAUCCGAUUGUUGAACACUUGGAGGAGAAAUACGGCGAAGACUUGAUAGACGAAUUGCUGGCACGAAUAUUUUCUUUUCUUUAA